AUGUGGAGCUGUAGAGCUCCACACCUGGUCACAGUUCGGGCCACACCUGGCUCCCACUGUGAGCACUGGGGUUGGCAGGAGCUGUCCCUUGUUGGAGCGGUGUACUACAGCGGCAGUGGUGGCAGCUGCCCUGCUUGUGUCUCUCAGCAGCUGGAGUUCAUCACCCCCUUCCAGCUGUACUUCAACCCCGACCUCAUCUUCAGGAAGCUCCAGAUAUGGAGGCUGAUCACCAACUUCCUCUUUUUUGGGCCCCUGGGAUUCAGUUUCUUUUUCAACAUGAUAUUUCUGUACAGGUACUGCCGCAUGCUAGAAGAAGGCUCCUUCCGUGGAAGGACAGCUGACUUUGUCUUCAUGUUCCUCUUUGGAGGGUUUCUCAUGACACUAUUUGGUCUCUUUGCCAGCCUGUUUUUCCUGGGCCAGGCUUUCACUAUCAUGCUGGUGUAUGUGUGGAGUCGCAGGAACCCUUACAUCCGCAUGAACUUCUUUGGGCUCCUUAACUUCCAGGCCCCUUUCUUGCCCUGGGUCCUGAUGGGCUUCUCCCUGCUCCUGGGCAACUCCAUCAUUAUUGAUUUGCUGGGGAUUGCAGUGGGUCAUAUCUAUUAUUUCUUGGAAGAUGUCUUCCCCAACCAGCCUGGAGGAAAGAAGUUGCUUUUGACUCCCAGCUUCCUGAAGAUGGUAUUUGACACACCUGAAGAGGAUCCAAACUAUAACCCCCUCCCUGAGGAUCGUCCCGAAAACCAACCUGGAGACCAAGACCAGCAGCAGCAGCAGCAGCGUCCACUGUAGCAGAGGACUUCUGUGUGGCUGGACUCCUCUCUUCUGGCUGGACUUACGCUGUGCCCCAGAGAUCUCACUGGAAUAAUACCAGUUGCCAUUCUGAUGUGUCAUGCCUCACUGUUUGUAUGGGUAACCCAUCUUCCUCUUGUACUAAGUGGUUCUGCAAAGCUUUGCACAUAAGAACUGAUGAAUCCUUAUGGAGGUGUUCUAGGGAGAAGGGCUGGAGGUUAUGUGAUGGCUCCUCAGCUGCCCGGUGGGGAUAAGUAUUAAAUGGGGUGUGAAAUCGGUUGCUCAUUCUCUUGCUGUUGAUGGCUUGCUGUAUGGCAAGUCACUUCUGGCCUCUGUACAAAGACUGAUGCUCUCUGCUCUCAUAGUUGUGAAACAUCUUUGUGGGCUUUCAACCAAGUAGUGCACCUUGUCAUGGUGUAGGCACAGCCAAGUCUCCCAGGCAAAAACCUACCAUAGUGGAAUGCAGCUCAACUACUCCCUUCCCCCUGAAUCCCCCACCCUUUUUCAUUGUUGUUUCCAAAGAGUCUUUACAUUAAAGUCUUUAUUUUUCAGUUGCGUGUCCAUUUCUGCCAGGAGCAGAAGCACCAGGGCUCUUCAGCACUUUGCUCAGAACUGCCAGGCUGAUUGCUCAGACUUCUAUAUUUUUUUUUUAUUCUUGUGGCAAGGCAAAACUUAGUCUAGUUGGAAGCUUUCCUUCCCCUGCUUCACCCUGCAGCGUGUGAGAAGGGGGUAAAGUAUGGAUGGAGAAAGGGAGGCCCACAAAAGGGACAUGGAAUGGAGUUGGAAGCUUGUUCUAGUUGGUGACUGAAAGUGGCACUUGAUGCUAGUAAUAAAGGCAGUCUAUGCAUGCCAUGCCAUUCCACUCUU